AUGAAAGAAGAUGGAGAAAAAGAAAAAAAAAGUGUGUUUCGUCCAGAGCCUGCUAGUGGACUCAUCAGUAAGGUUACCCAGCAGGCUCAUGCCUUAGACACAACAAGAGAAAAUAUAGCGUGCGUGUUUCGUCCUAGGCUGCUAGUGGCGGACUCCUCAUGUUCCUGUAACAUUAUUUCGGCUUCAAAGAUCCACAAUUCUCAACAAUUUUCUAAAAACUUUGAGCAAUUCAAAUCGACUAAAAUUAGAAGUUCAUUUGGGUGUGCAACCUCGGAUGUGCCCUUGCGUCCACCACAUUGUGGUUUCAGCAACGUUACGCAUACCAGGGUGGUUGGUGGUAGACCAGCUAAACUUGGUGCUUGGUCAUGGAUCGCUGCAGUAGGAUUCCGUAAUUACUCAAACCCGCAUUGGGUAACACAAUGGCUGUGUGCAGGUACCCUAAUAUCGGCUAGGCAUGUUUUGACCGCAGCACAUUGUGCAGAUAACGAUGAUUUGUACGUGGUUCGUAUCGGGGACUUAAAUCUAAAACGAGAUGACGACGGAGCGCAUCCUAUUCAAAUAGAAGUCGAAUCUAAACUAAUACAUCCCGAUUAUUCUGCCGAGUCGAACAAUAAUGAUAUUGCUAUUCUUAAACUGAAGGACAAUGUUCUAUUUUCGGAGUACAUACAUCCCAUUUGUCUCCCCAUAGAGAAAUCCCUUCGAAAUAAAAACUUCGUGGGCUAUAACCCCUUCAUUGCUGGAUGGGGAGCAUUAAACUUUAGUGAAUCAUAUACUAACGCAUUAAUGGAACUACAACUGCUAGUGGUUACCAACGCCGUAUACGAGAAAGCUUAUGAGGAUUUUGACGUAACUAUCACCAAUAAAGAAAUAUGCGCCGGCGGAGACUCUCGAGGUGGAAAGGAUGCUUGUGGAGCUGACAGCGGAGGACCACUGAUGAUACCACAGCAAUUCACCUACUAUCAAAUAGAUGUUGUGUCAUCUGGUCAUGAAUGCGGCGUACCUGAUUAUCCGGGUAUUUACACGAGAGUCACGUCGUACCUUAAUGACUUCAUUAUCCCAGUGUUACAAAAUUAUUAGUGUCCCAUAAAUAUCAUUUUUCGUGCACGAAAAAUAAAGUUGGAAUGUAUUAUUGUGGAGAUAAGAGGCAGCUCAGAUUUAUAUCGUCUUUUACAUCAAGAAUUAUAGUCUUAAAAUGCAUGAAAUGUAACUUUGAAACAACACUAACUUUUUACGUACGCUAUACUUGCACGACUUAGAUACAUAGAGAUGAUAAACGAGCAUUUAUUAAAUUUUUACAAAUUAUAUCUAAACUAAUAAUAAACCAACUUUUUGAGAAGUUCUGUAAAUUUUGUUUCUCAUAUAUCAAGAGAAUAAUUAAAUAUUUCACUUAGAUCGUAUACUUCUUGUAUGUACAUACAAAAUUUUGGACUACUCUGGAACAUUUCAUAAGAUAGAGAGCUUCUAGAGGUUCGGACACAGAAAGUUCAUAAAA